CGGCCAAACGAGCACGGCGCUCCUGAUGACGUCACACUGCUCAGGUUUGCCACUUUCGCUAACAACAACACAAGAGCCCGGAAAGCUAGCGAGCUUUAAACAAGAGGGGGUGACCCGCGUCUGUCUCGCGGGUUGCGCUGCCCAUGGACUAUUGGACCAAGCGCUGACGAGUGGAAACGGUAUUUCCUUCUCCAGUCGAGACCAACACCUUCCGUCACGCUGGCAAUGUCAAGAGUCCCGAGUCCCCCUCCCCCGGCGGAAAUGUCCAGCGGGCCUGUGGCUGAGAGCUGGUGCUACACGCAGAUCAAAGUAGUGAAGUUCUCGUACAUGUGGACCAUCAACAACUUCAGCUUCUGUCGUGAGGAGAUGGGUGAGGUCAUCAAGAGCUCCACCUUCUCCUCAGGGGCCAAUGACAAGCUGAAGUGGUGUUUGCGUGUCAACCCCAAAGGCCUGGACGAGGAGAGUAAAGACUACUUGUCCCUCUACCUGCUGCUGGUCAGCUGUCCAAAGGCCGAGGUCCGAGCCAAGUUCAAGUUCUCCAUUCUCAACGCCAAAGGCGAGGAGACCAAAGCCAUGGAAAGCCAGCGAGCGUAUCGCUUUGUGCAAGGGAAGGAUUGGGGAUUUAAAAAGUUCAUCCGAAGAGACUUCCUCCUCGAUGAAGCCAACGGUCUUCUGCCCGACGACAAGCUCACACUUUUUUGUGAGGUGAGCGUGGUGCAGGACUCGGUCAACAUCUCGGGCCAGAACACCAUGAACAUGGUGAAAGUUCCCGACUGCCGACUAGCCGACGAGCUGGGCGGCUUGUGGGAGAACUCCCGCUUCACUGACUGUUCUCUGUGCGUGGCCGGCCAGGAGUUCCAGGCCCACAAAGCCAUCCUGGCAGCACGCUCUCCUGUGUUCAGCGCUAUGUUUGAACACGAGAUGGAAGAGAGCAAAAAGAACCGCGUCGAAAUCAACGACGUGGAGCCCGAGGUCUUCAAAGAGAUGAUGUGCUUCAUUUACACUGACAAAGCCCCGAACCUUGACAAGAUGGCCGACGACCUGCUCGCUGCAGCUGACAAGUACGCUUUGGAAAGAUUGAAGGUCAUGUGCGAGGACGCUCUGUGCACCAAUCUGUCGGUGGAGAACGCAGCCGAGAUCCUCAUCCUGGCCGACCUGCACAGCGCCGACCAGCUCAAAACGCAGGCGGUCGACUACAUCAACUACCAUGCCGCUGAGGUGAUGGAGACAGCGGGCUGGAAGUCCAUGGUGGAGUCCCAUCCACACCUGGUGGCCGAAGCGUACCGCUCGCUGGCCUCGGCCCAGUGCCCUUUCCUCGGACCGCCGCGCAAACGCCUCAAACAGUCCUAAUGGGCCCUCGCCGCUUUCGACGCGUCACACAAAUGGCCCCUUAACGCCCACGAAAAACUGAACCGUUUCCCCUCCUUUUUGCUGUUACUACACUACCUACAGCCCCCCCCCCCCCCCCCGAGCUCCCCCUCGAUCCAGAACCUGCUGUAUUUUAGUCCCUUCUAAGGACGGAUGGAAAAGCAAGUAGGAGGGGGAGAUGCAAGUGGAUAUUUGUCGUUUACAGAAAAACAAACCUGCACUUUCCUCUGUGGCUAGUGUGGUGCGACGUUGCGCUUUUUUUCUUUUUAAUUUUAUUUUUUAUAAACUCCCCUCCCGCCCAUUUGUGAAAACCGGAAUCCUUCAACAAACUCAGACGCCAAGCGCACACGAGGUCUUUAACGUGAUAUUAUUUCAGCUUCUGCGUGUGGCAAGGAGGCGAAAGGGGACACUUUAGGAGGAAUCACACACAAAGACCCCAACAAAAGACACCCAAAGGGCUAGUCAAAUGGAGGGAAGAAAAAAAGGUUUUGUCUCAAUGAAAUUUGGGGAAAACUGCACUAAGAAAUCCACAGGCUGCCCCCUUAACAAUCAAGCAUUACCAGCAGUUAAGUUGAACUACUGUAGGGAAAGCACAAAUGGACUAACAAGCAGGACAAGUAUACCCUUUAAAGAUGCUUUAUUAGCAACCUCUAUUAUUAUUUUUAUUAUUAUUAUAAAUCAAAGCAGGUAAACAAUAUCAUCGUUGUGUAACCGCAAACGAAAUCCAAGGUCUCAACAUUCAAAACAACAUUGAUGCAUAACCUCCCAAAACCCUUUUUUUUUUUUUUUAUUAUUUAAGAUUUUAUACCAACAGUGAAGAUAUUCUUUCUUUGCAGGCUUAUUGAUUGAGGGCCAUUUAAAAUGAAAUGAACACGUUUUAAUGUUCAAAUGAGACCCGAAUGUGAAUGGAGAAGAAAAACAAAACAGACAUUGCUCUUUGCCAGUGAGAGGAAAAGUCAUUGAAUUAAGGAACCAUAGUUGUUUCUUUCCUGUAGGUAUUGUUGCUUUAUGAGAAGUGACACUUAGUUGUUGCCAUUUUUUUGUUCCCGAAAGAAUAAACCACAACUAUUUUGUAUUGAA